UGCGCGCUCCUGCCUCAGGCCUCUGUCCCCCAACCCCCUUCCCCAGUCCCAGGCUCUCCUUCGGAAAGAUGUCGGACAGGGCAGUAACUGACACUCCGUGCCUUAACUCGAAACCGCAGGACCUGCCCUACACUUAUGGGCCGCCAAGUAACUUCCUGGAGAUCGACAUCUUUAAUCCUCAGACGGUGGGCGUGGGACGCAGGCGCUUCACCACCUAUGAGGUUCGCAUGGGGACAAACCUACCUAUCUUCAAGCUGAAGGAGUCCUGCCUACAGCGGCGCUACAGUGACUUUGAGUGGCUGAAAAAUGAGCUGGAGCGAGAUAGCAAGAUUGUAGUACCACCACUGCCUGGGAAAGCCUUGAAGCGGCAGCUCCCUUUCCGAGGAGAUGAAGGGAUCUUUGAACAGUCUUUCAUCCAAGAAAGGAGGCAGGGCCUCGAGCAGUUUAUUAACAAAAUUGCUGGGCACCCACUGGCUCAGAAUGAACGCUGCCCACACAUGUUCCUGCAGGAGGAGGCAAUUGACAGGAACUACUUCCCGGGGAAGGUGCGCCAGUAGGAGCCCCUCUCACCACCUGCCCUCUACUUUCCUGCUGAAAUGACAUUGGUUUUUACAUUAAGCCUCUCUCUGUCUUUGAUCUGAAGUUGGCUGCCCAUCUCCUGGCCUGAUAGACUGUCUGGCAUUGUGCUCCCUGGUACCUGACUACACCAUGUGGGUACUCUGCUAGGAUCCU